AUGUUUGUUGUAUUUGAGACAAACAAAUGGUGGUGGACCAUAGAAAAACACUCUGAUGUUAUAACAAUUCAGCGCAGCCGUAUAGCGACGAACGUCAAAGAAGUUUGCAAACAAAAAAGUCGCAUUAAAGGCCAUCGUCGUAUGUUUAGAGGUCGUGGCACUUGUAGCGUAAAUGAACUUCUUGACUGGUUGCAUGGCCAGCUUAACAAAAAGUACAAUUUUAUGAGACGCAAUUGUCAACAUUUUGCAACCGAUGUUUUCAUGAAAUUAACGGAUACAUGGCGGGGAUCGACGGAAAUCAAAGAGUUUUUUGCAAUACUCGUUAAUCGAAGUGAGGAAACUUUAGACUCCAUUUCAUCGUUCUCUUCAAAAUCCGGCAGCGAAUUUCAGUCCACAACCUACGCCGACCUUCGAACCGGAACAGGCUUUCAUCCGGAAGCUUCAAGUACCCCGGUCCCAAACGACGAAGAUACUCAUGAUACUCAUGAUGAGCAUGAUGAUAUGGGGUUACUAAACCUCAACGAAAUAGUGCGGGAAAUUUCAGAGGAAAGCGAGACACCCGGUUUAGAUGGAAUAGACGUAGCUUUGACGAGUCUUUAUCUGGAAGAUGCAAGUACACCGGUCCCAAACGACGAACAUGAUACUCACGAUGAGCAUGAUGAUAUGGGGUUACUGAACCUCAACGAAAUAGUGCAAGAAACUGCCGUGGAAAGCGAGACAGUCGGUUUAGACAGACUAGACGUAACUAUGACGAGUUUUUAUCUGGAAGAUGCAAGUACACCGGUCCCAAACGACGAACAUGAUACUCAUGAUGAGCGUGUGUUGGGGUCACUGAACCUCAUCGAAAUUGAGCAGAAAACUACCGAGGACAUUGAGGAGUACUUUUGUGACGAAGAUGAAACCACUGGAGAUGUUCAAAGUAUUCCUGCUCGUGCAGAUGAGCGUACUGAACAAUUGCGGGAGCUGAUGAUGAUGGUAACACGGUCCCAUUUGACAAGCAUGCUGAGGAGGGGUCCGAGGGAUAUAUCCCGGAUACCCCGAUUCUCUACACACGAGUGCAAUUCGAAUCAAGUGGAUCAAAAGAGGCAAGAAGUGCAAGAGGAGGAAAAGCAAAAUUCAAUGAGUCAGCUGCUAAAAAUGUAGCUUAAUUAUGUUUUUCUGCUUAAUACGACCAUAUCGUCAUUGUGUUAAGCCUUUCACAAUUACCUUUUCAAACUGUUUCUAAUCUGUUUAUCAACAACAUUCAAACUUAACGUUUAAAAACCUCUUGUUUGAUCACUUAAUGGAACAAUCUUGGAAUAACUUUGCAAUUAUUUCAAAAGUGUGUUUAUCAAAUAUAUCUAAACAUCUUUAGUGAUUGACUUUUCUGUUUAACCUUUUUUAAACUGCAUUUCAUUUGCCAACUUUUAACAUAAACUUGUGUCUAUAAUAUAUUUCUUAUAUAUGUACCAUUUAUCAUUAUUUUUUCUUUCACAAUCAGUUUCUGUCUGCAUUUAAUUGACGUUUUACUUAUACAUUUAUGUUGCUAGUAGUAUAUUGUACGUAGCUUUACUUUCAUGUGUGUAGAAAUCGCGUUCUUUGUUUUUGUUGUACUCUCAUCUUAGAAUAGAAAUGUUUAAUUACACAUCUGUUAUACUCUACGUUUUAAUGAAACCCAUUAUAUUACAACAACAUUUUUUAAGUUAAGAUAUCAUAGACCUUGACAAAAUAAUUUAUACGACAUGCGGAUUAAGGCCCCCCCCCCCCCCAUCGUGUCCUUUAGAAUGUUAGGGCUUUAUAUAUGGGAAUAAAUAACAGAAUAAAAAAUGUCACACAUUUAUGAUGUAAAUAACUGCAAAAAUGUUUUGGUAAAAUGUUACUUUUUAGCGUAACAGAAUGUAUGCUGGAACACAAAUUAUCAAUAUUGUCAUAUUAAAAGGUCGCAAUUGCGUUACAAAGGGUUAUUAUUUUACUUAAUGAAAUGAUAAAAGUUUUAACACUCAUGAAUUAAAAAAAAUUAUUUAAAUGAAACCAUUUGCUAUUGGGCGUAUCUGACUUUGUGUUCCAGCUAUCUUUUACUUGUAAAUUAGAUAGUUUUUAAAAUAUAUUCUUAGUUUAUAUAAUUUUAUGUGUACUUUUUGUGUAUUUUCAUUCAAAUGGAUAAUUUUGAAAUGACAUGAAUUGUGAAAUAUUAUAUAUCAAAAUAAUAUUUCAGCACUGAAGCAAUACAAAGCUUUAUUAUAUGAUUUAAUGACUAGAAUACUUAUAUUUGUUGUGUGUAUAUAUCAUUUAACGAUGAAAAACACAAUGGCAUGUAAUAGGUGUUCUAGGACGACGUAAUAAACACAUACAUGAUAUUUGAUACUUUUGCAUUAUUUUGCACGUCUUUUGUAUCAAAUGCUACUAAGUUGAAACGUAUGAUGCAAACAUAGAAACCAAAAAUGUAAAUUUAUUUGCCAUUUUAUAAGACAAAAUCACUGCAUAAAAUUAGAAAAUAAAUUUCUGGCAAAUCACAUGCUGGGAUAUAAAAACGCAUCCAACAGAAUGGAAGUAAACGUGUGUCUUUUAUAUGUUGCACUAUGAAAAAACAAAAAAGGACCAUUUUUAUUUUCAAUAUGUCAGUGUUAUAUAUAUACCUUUUUUAUUUGAUAUGUAGUAUAAUAUAAACAAAUAUUAAAAAAAAUAUCCAUCUAAGCUCAAUAACAACCAGUAUAUCAUCAACAAUAAAUUGUGUUUAUUAGCGUCUUAUGUAUUUUAAUCGAAUGACACCAUAUUUAUUUUGGAACAAAAAUAAUUGUUAAAGGAUGUUUAUGAAAGAAUGUUGUUAUUUAUUACAUAUAUAAUUUUAUUUGGAGAUUUUAAAUGAAAUAAUAUAUCCCUUCUUUAUUAAAUGAUAUAUAAGCAGAAUAUUAUUACCAGAAAGAAACUUGAAAUGUAAUUUUGUAUAAUAAUUUAUAAUUGAUUUUUUUAUGAUAAAUAACAUCAUAAACAAGUUUAUCCUGGUAUGAUGUAUGUUGGGAUAUCAAAACUAAUCGAAAUUAUCGUAAAUUAACAGGUUUCUUUUCUUUGUAAAACGUUGUUACGACACAACGUACCCUUGGUAUCGUAAAUAAUUAUUUAGUCUUGUGUAUUGUAGAUUUGGUCACUUUUAAAGAUUAUCCAUUUUAGUAUUUCUGUCUGUGCAUGAUAUUGUUAGCAUAACUUAUGUUACAUUUAUGUUAGCACACGUAUAACUUAUAAAAUUAUAUCAUUGAGUAUACUAAUCAAUAAGUUGAAUGGAUCAAACACAGCAUAAUUUUGUAACACCAGUCUCUUUUACAAAACAUUAAGACGUUAUAGUUUUUGUUUUUAUUAUUUUCCACAAAAUAUUCACUUUUGUUUUUAAAAAAUAAUCUUAGAAAUAUAAACUUAGUUAAUAUAAGUUUAAAUAGAUUGCAUUUGCUGUACUGUUUCAUUUACUGAAUAGUCAUUUAUCCUUGAUUUGGCAUGCAUUUUACAAAGAUAUAUAUCUAAACAACAUUUGAACACUGAUGUAAUUCUUAACAUGGGUGAUACUGGCCAUGAUAUUUUGUGUGUACUUAGCCUUUUGAAAGUGUAAUCUCCAUGUAUUGUUAUAAUUGCAUCUAAAUACAAUCAGCAGAGUUAUAGACAGGAUGAGACCGGGCUUUAAAACAGAAGAGAGAAUGAUGUAAGUAACAACACAUAUAAUUAAAAAUUAUGCAUGCAAUUGUAUAUAUUAUAUAUGAACUGUAUUAAAUACGUAGAAUUAAGUGGAAAUAGGGAAACUGCAAAUUAAAAACAUGUUUGAUAAUUUUUAAACACAUACACUUGUUAAUUUUGCGAAAUUAGGUACAUGCUUUUAAAAACGAAUCAACGUUUGUUUUAUUAGACGUUUGUCUUUUUUGUCUGUAGCACUUGAUUUUUAACACCAAAAUGUAAAUGUACCAUUUUAUUGGCAUUUCAUGCAACUGAUAACUUUAUAUUGCUUGUUAUAAACUAAUCAAAUAUAAAUCAUAAAGAUUAAUUUUCUUAGAUCGGGUUAUGCAUGAUUAUCAUAACAUAUGUAUGUUGGAACACAAAUAACUGGUCAAAAUUAUCAAUAAGUUGCAUUUACAUAACAAGGAAUUAUGAUCUAACACAAUUGUAUUUGGUAAUAUACUAUGAAAUUAUAGUUAUCUGCUAUCAUACUUUUGUGUUUUGUUUUCCAACAAACAUAAACAUAUGUAAAUAUAUCAAAGAAUGUGUGGAUUGUAUCUAAAACAAAAUAAGCAGGCCAUGAUUUUUGUGUGUAAUUAACCUAUUGAAAGUGUAAUCUCCAUGUAAUGUUAUGAUUGUAUCUAUAAAAAAGCAUAGUUAUAUACAGGGUGAGAACGGGCUUUUAAGCAGAAGAGAAAAUGAUGUUAGUUUCAACACAUGUAAUUGAAAAUUGUGCAUGCAACUGUAUAUAUUGUGUAUGAACUAUUAUGAAUUAGUCGAAUUAAGUGGCAAUAGGAAAAGGGCAAAUAAAAACAUGUUUGAAACUUUUGAAACACAAACAAUCUUUAAUUGUGUGAGAUUAAAUACAUGCUUAUCAAAACGAAUCCACUUUUUGGAAUUAGACGUACGUCUUUUGUCUGUAGCACUUGUUUUACACCAAAAUGUACCAUUUUUAUUGGCAAAUAAUUAAUGUAACUGAUAACUUUAUACUGCGUGUUAUAUAUUAAUCAAAUAAAAAGCAUAAAGAUUAAUUUUAUAAGAUCGGGUUAUGCAUGAUUAUCAUAACAUAUGUAUGUUGGAACACAAAUAACUGGUCAAAAUUAUUAAGGUAAUCAAUUAGUUGUAUCAACAUAAAAAUAAUUAUGAUCUAAUACAAAAUGACUUAGCAAUACAUUUUGAAGUUAUAGUUAUCUACUAUCAUACCUUUGUGUUUUGUUUUCCAACAAACAUAAACAUAUGUAAAUAUAUCAAAGAAUGUGUGGAUUGUAUCUGAAACAAAAUAAGCAGACUCACUUUAUUGAGCUUGAAUGUAAAGCUGAAGGGGGAAAGGUGUAGUAGAAAUACAAUGACAAAAUACAAAACCUUAUUGUUGAAUUAGGAUCAAAUAUUACUUAUGUUAUUAUUAAUUUUAGCCAAAAUGUUAAAUAUAAAAGUAACACGAAAGAACGAAAUAUAGGAUUUAAUACUCUUUUUGCUAUUAUUAACUUUGACUAAAAUGUUAAGUAUAAAAGUAACGACAGAACGAACAUAUUAAAUGUUUACAUGUAGCAAUAAUUAAUUGCUUUGGUCUAUAUAUAAAGAUAUUUAGUUUAUUUAUCAUAUUCUCCAUGUGGGAUUUUUAUUAAAAGUUAGUAUCUUUUUGAAGAUAUGCAAAAGGCAUGAGUUUAUCACGCUGGUUGUAGUGGUCAAAGUUAUCAGAGCGGGUGUUAACGCUGUCUCUUGAACAAAUAGGUUUUAUUGUGUUUGUGGUGCCUUUCUUCAAUAUUGAAAUGAUUAACUGAAACAAUGUAAUUGUUAAAGCAUUGAAUGGCGAUAUGUUUAUGUAACUUUAGCAUGCAAAAGUACAUGAUAUUGAGCAAAUAUUACAAUAUUAUCUGUAAUGAUAACAUUUUAGAAAAUAAAAUGAGCUGCUUAAAA